GGACGGAACGGUUGGGGCUGGAUGGAUCGCUCCUUUCCCCCUCUUUUAGAGCUGGCUGAAAUGUUCCGAACCAGUUUGUUUUUAAAGCAGAACCAUGGGAAUCCCGGGUUUGCUCCAGUUCAUCAAAGAAGCCGCAGACCCUACCCACAUAAAGAAGUAUAAGGGGCAAGUUGUUGCUGUUGAUACUUACUGCUGGCUGCACAAAGGAGCUUACGCAUGUGCUGAGAAGUUAGCCAGAGCGGAACCCACAGAUCAAUAUGUUAUUUACUGUAUGAAACUGGUGGAUAUGCUUCUGUCAUUUGGGGUCAAACCAGUUCUAGUAUUUGAUGGAUGUACCCUGCCUUCCAAAAUGGAAGUUGAAAAGUCAAGAAGAGAGAAACGGCAAGCAAAUCUUCUGAAAGGGAAGCAGCUGCUCCGGGAGGGGAAACUAUCAGAAGCCAGAGAACGUUUUGCACGUAGCAUUAAUGUCACGCACGCUAUGGCCUGUGAAGUUAUUAAAGCUGCUCGGGCAAAAGGAAUAGACUGCAUUGUUGCUCCGUACGAAGCUGAUGCUCAACUAGCUUACCUCAACAAGACGGGCAUAGUCCAAGCUAUAAUUACAGAGGAUUCAGAUCUUCUUGCCUUUGGGUGUAAAAAGGUGUUUCUGAAACUUGACAAGUUUGGAAAUGGCUUGGAAGUUGACCAGGCUCGGCUAGGAAUGUGCAAACAGCUUGGCGAUGUGUUUACAGAAGAGAAAUUCCGCUACAUGUGUAUUUUGUCUGGCUGUGACUACCUUCCAUCAAUUCAUGGUAUUGGGUUAAGCAAGGCGUGCAAGUUACUAAAAAUAGCCAACAAUCCUGAUAUCAUAAAGGUCAUUGGGAGAAUAGGGCAGUACCUGAAGAUGAAUAUAUCCGUACCCAAAGAAUACAUAGAAGGAUUUAUUCGUGCUAAUAAUACUUUUCUCUAUCAGUUGGUUUUUGACCCUGUCAGAAGGAAACUCGUUCCUUUGAAUGCUUACAGUGAUGAUGUUGAUCCAGAAAUGCUACUGUAUGCUGGGAAACACGUUGGCGAUAGCACUGCUUUUCAAAUUGCACUUGGAAAUAAAGACCUCAAUACACUGAAACAAAUCGAUGACUACAACCCUGAUGUUUCAAAGUCUGUUCAACCAAGAAGUUGCAGCUGGGACGACAAACCUCUUGGUGAAAAGCCAUCCAAUUUCAGGAGCAUUUGGAGCAGGGACUACAAGCCUGGUUUUGCUGCUGAGGUGGUGCCAGAUUCUGCACCACUGCUGGAGAGGCCCCCAACCAAAGGCACAGAGCGGCUGAUUAAUACAAAGGGACUGAAACUUCCCCAUAAAGCCAUGUUGGCAAAAAGGCAAAGGCAUGAGGAACAAUCAGAUGGCGAUCUCUUGAGCCAGUAUUCCUUUUCAAACUCAAAAAAGCCUAAGACAGAAAAGGGUGAAGACAUCAAGCGUCGUGCAGUUGACAGUGCAGUGAUUCCAGUCCCUGUUUCAGUGGACCCUUCCAGUAACAAAGAAACGUCAAACUCCCGGCCUCGUCUUAGAAAUAAAUUUGCCUUUCUGCGGAAGAAGGAGGAGGGAAGUCAUGUAGUUGUCGUUCCAGGGACCAGAAGCAGGUUCUUUUGCAGUAUCAUGGAUGCACCUGAUGAUAUACCAAAGGAUGAAGUCCACCAGCCAUCCCAGAAAAGCGAGGUGGAUUGUCAGACUAUGAAAGCGGAAAGUGCAGAAGCAAAAGAUUGCAGUUCUAUCUCCCUGGGGACUGUAGAAACUGGAAGAGCUGACUCACCUUCACUUAGGGCAGCGCAAACAAGCUGUUUCAGUUGGUCUAGAAGCUUUGCGGAAAGAUCUGGAACGCCCAGCCCAACUCAAAAUGUAGCACUGCUGAAGCAGUUUCACCGACAUACAUCUGGCAAGACUGCAUCUCAGGACUGUAAGAUGUCUGGAUCACAGAUGCUAAGCUCAACAUUUGGUGGUAAAGAGUCUGAUGAAGAGUCUUCAUUAUUAAAAGGACUGGGGUGUUCAUCUGAACAGAAGUCAAAUGAGCUUUCCCAAAGCAAUCUGGACUGUCUAGAAAAUUCUCCAGUGCCCAGUGAAAAAACUACUGAUGCCAAAGAAUCUGCCUGUAGUUCAGAACCAGACUGUAAUCUGAAGUGUCAGAUCUCUCCAUUCUUUGAGUCAUUACAUACUGAGAAGGAUACAGUCUUCGGAACUCUGGUUUUUGGAUUACAUAAAACCAGCCCUGUAAGGUCCUGUGUUGUGACAAAAUGCAAGUCACUGAUGCCUGCCAAAGUUAGUGGCUUAAGCAAAAGAAUAGCAAAUACAAAGAAGAAAAACCAUCACAAUGCUGAAAACAAGUCUGGACAGCAGGUGACAAUUAAUGAACUGUGGAAAAGCUUCCAGUUUAGAAGACAAUCUGAAAGGCUGCCUUCUUGUAAAAAACCAGAACCAUUGUCUCCAAUAAAAGAUAACAUCCAGCUCACUCCAGACACAGACGAUGACACUUUUAAUAAACUUGAAUUCAGUCAUGUACAACGGAAAAUAUUUCAGUGAAUUGAAGUCACGAACCUGAACAACUUUAUAAUCAUUGGCCAACAGCACCCUCUAAACAGAUUUGAAUGAACUGUUCACGGACAACGUGAAUCAAAGUAAUGCUUGUAU